GCCACUUUACACAAACUUUCAGACAGAUCAGACCUGUCACUAUGGCUCUGAAGCUGAUGGGGAACACUGUUCCAGAUCAAGGUGGCCGCAAGGAUGUAGUAGUAGAUGUGGAUGAAUCUGUGCUCAUCCUUAUCAGACACUGCCGGGACAUGAAACGACAGGAAACGUGUCUACGAUUCAUCACUUUGCUCCUGCUGCUCAGCUGUACAACACUGUUUGUUUUGACUCUCAGUGCUGAUUUUAAAAAAUGUGAAGAGUUUGGAUCCAGUGGACACAAGGAUACACUUCAGCAAAGUCCAGCCCAUGCCCAGCUGAUCAGCGAGCGUUGUCCAGAUAAUCAUCAAACCAACCUUUCAACCAUGCGCGUUCAUUUCUGGUCUGUUCCUGUGAAAGACAAAACAGACAAACUCUACAUGGAAUGGAGCCCCAUGUUAGGGGAAAACUACAUCUACAACAAAGACAAACAGGCCAUCGUUAUCAGGCAGCAGGGCUUCUAUUUUCUUUAUGUGAGGGUAGGUUUGGGCUGCCAACAAAGGGAGAAUGUGGAAAGAAAGUUUCACAUGAAGCUGCACAAGUGGACUGAAAGUUACAACAAGUCCCAGGUCCUGACAGAGGCCUGGGAUGGUGUUCAGUGCUCUUCAGAAGUGUCCAAGAAUAUGUUUGUGGGACAGCUUUUUGAGCUGCGGGAGGGAGAUCAUGUGAGUGUAUGGGUAGAGGAUGGCUAUCAGCUGAUCACAAGAGCAUCGCUUGGUGGUUUUCUUACAUAGGUAAAAAAAAAAAAAAAAAAAGGGACCUUACAAAAGAGAUGGAGACAUGCUUUGAUGAGUAAAUGUGCCAAUUGUGUUUGAAGUUUGUUUUUUUUUUUCAAAGGGACAUAUUAUUAAAUACAACAUGUGCCAAUAUGCAAAAUUAUAGCCAAGGCUUAUCUCCAUCUUUAGUCCCUACAUAAAACAACAUAGUUCAUGUAAACUACAGUAUAAUCCAGUACCCCAGUGCAUAAAACAGUACAAUUCAGUUUAUUCAUUCAAUAGACAAAUAAAACACAAUAUACAUGUAUGCUAUAUUGUACACAACAUACAUACAUACAUGGAUACACAAUUUCAGAGUGCCAGAUGACUUUAUAUGAGAUUGUGGAGGCAGGUUUGAUUGUCCAAUAACCAUGAUUUUAGAUGUUUAGUGAAUGAGGUGUGGGUCACGGAUAAUGGUUGGUAAUGUGUUCCAGGUUUGAGAGGCAAAGUAUGAAAACAACCUGUCUUCCAGAUGGAAUUAUACAGUCACCUUGGGAACUAGUCCUGGUUGAUCUGUUUUUAGGUCACUUGUUCAAAUUCCUGUAAUGGGGCAGGGGCUGACCCAUGAAGGAUUUUAAAGACCAGGAUAUAGUCUACAUAUUUUAUCACAUUUUCCAGCUCAAUAAGUUAUGUUUUUUUAAGAUACUGCAGUGAUAAUGAGUCUUUGUUUUUUUGUCUACAUUUUUCUAAGCUUAUUUGCAUGCUGUUUCUAUGGGUUUUAAAGUGGUUUUACAUGCCAGUGCCCAGCUAAUUAUGCAGUAGGUCAUGUAUGAAAUGAUCAGUGUGUUAAAAUACAUCCUGGCUGUUAUAGGUGUCAAGUUAUUUCUGUUCUGCCUGAAAUCAAAUGAAUUAAAUAAAAUUUUGUUUACCUGUU